AUGAAGAGAGACCACAUCCGCCAAUUCUUCCUGACAGGCCUGCUGGCCGACAUGGCCAGCUCGCAGUCCUGUCCGGACUACUCGUCCUACUCGAAAGCCCGCCACGAGCCGUUCUCGACCGGCCGAUACGCCCUCUCGUACCAGCGGCCGGAUCCCGGCUGCCGCACCUUCAACUCGUCCACGGUCGAGACGCUGCUCGGCAACAUGACGGACGCCAUCGCGGACCCGGAUCUGUACCGGCUCUUCCAGAACGCCUUCCCCAACACGCUGGACACGGCCAUCCGCUGGCGCGGGCACGCAGCCAACAACUCGGCCGAGGAGCUCGCCUUCAUCAUCACGGGCGACAUCGACGCCAUGUGGCUGCGCGACUCGGCCAACCAGCUGCAGUCGUACGUGUCCUUGCUGGAGCCCGACCCGAAGCAGGCCGCCAAGCCGGACUCCAUGGCCUCACUCUACCGCGGCGUCAUCAACCUCCAGGCGCGCUACCUCCUGACGGCGCCCUUCUGCAACUCCUUCCAGCCGCCUCCGGAAAGCGGCAUCCCGCCCGCCACCAACCCGGCCGCCUCCUCGGACCGCGUCUUCCCGCCUUACUCCCCGGAGCAGGUAUUCGAAUGCAAAUACGAGCUGGACUCGCUCGCCGCCUUCCUGCAGCUCUCCACGUCCUACUACGAAUCCACCCACGACCUCUCCUUCUUCUCCUCCUUCCAGUGGCUACCCGCCAUCCAGUCAGUCCUCUCCACCGCGAAAUCCAUGACAGCAGGGACCUACGCCAGCAACAACACCGGCACCGUCCUACCCUCGCCGUACACCUUCACCCGCCAGUCCGCGCGCUCGACCGAGACGCUGGCCAACGACGGACUGGGCAGCCCCGUGCGCGCCGUCGGCCUGGUGCGGAGCGCGUUCCGCCCCUCGGACGACUCGACUUUCUUUCCGUUCCUGAUCCCCGCCAACAUGAUGUUUGUGCGCUACCUGGCCGGCGCGGCGCUCAUCGUGCAGGAGCUCGGGGACGACAGAGCGCCGCCCGGGUUGGCCGAGGAGAUGGUGGCGUUUGAGCGCAGCGUGAGGGAGGCGAUUGAGAAGUUCGGGGUUGUGCCCGUCCUGUCGAUCGACGAUUACGAGUCAUCGUCGUCAUCGGAUGGCAAUGGGACUACGACUACUGCGACGGUCGAGACGGUGUAUGCGUACGAGGUGGACGGGUUCGGGUCGGCCGCGGUCAUGGACGACGCGAAUGUGCCCAGCCUGCUGGCGGCGCCGCUGUUUGGGUAUUUGGGCAGUGCAAACGAGGUGUACCAGCGCACGAGGCGGCGGAUCCUGAGUGGCGCGGGGAAUCCGUACUUCAUGCAGGGGUCGGUGAUCAGCAGCGUUGGGGGCCCGCAUGCCGGGCCGGGCAUGGCGUGGCCGAUGGCGAGCAUCGUGCGGAUCCUGACGUCGGAUGAUGACGACGAGAUUGCGAGCGUGCUGAAGGAGAUCCUGGGUUCCACGGAUGGGCUGGGGUUGAUCCACGAGAGCGUCAACUCGAAUGAUGCGAGUCGAUGGACGCGGCAGUGGUUCUCGUGGGCCAACGGACUGUUUGGCGAGAUGAUCCUCGACUUGCGCCUGCGGAAGCCGCAUCUUCUCCAGCGAAGCUACCAAUGA